UCAUCCCUCCCAUUCCGAGUUCAGGCUCUAUUUCACUCUAAACUUUGCUCUGCCUCCCACUUUCUAUUCUCUAGGGCUCCCGCAAUCCCCCGGGAAAACGUUUCUUCCCUGAACUCCCUUCUUUUCCUGGGGAGCCUCCCCUUCCCUGUCUUUCAUCUGGGUCCCCUUUUCCUUCUGAGCCUGCCGGACUUCCAGGACUCUCAUGGGUACGCGGGCCCCCACCCUCCUCUAGGAUGCUCCUCCCAUUCCCUGGAGCCCUUGACGCCUCCUUCUGCCAGAGUCCUCCCUCCUUCUCAGAGAGGCAGCCGUUGGAUAACAGGGAAGUUCUUCCGAGACUAGUCUCGGAUUGUGAGAGACCCUUUUGCCUGGGCAGCGGGGACACAGAUGUAUACCGUGUCCCUUGAGCCAGGACUGCUCAAGUGGAGGGCAUAAUCGGGCUCAACUGUUUUCCAUCUCACUGCGCCUCAGCAACAGAAAUCCCUCUUGAGACAUUUGAUGCCUUAACCUCAGGAUGCUGACCACUUUGUAUGAGUCAUUUUGGGACACUAAAUACUGGAUCGCCCCUGGGAACACAUGGGCUGACUUGGAAGAUUCAGAUGGCAUCAUAUACCCUCAUCCCAAGGAUCUAUUGGCAGCUAUUCCCCUGACAUUUGUCAUAACAAUCAUUAGAUAUGGCAUUGAAAGGAUGAUAGGGUUACCUUUGAGCAGAGCCUUCGGUGUGCGUAACCCCAUCAGGAUCAAGGCUACUCCCAACCCCAUCCUGGAAUCAUUUUUUCAAACCCAGAAAAAGAAUCCUGAAAAGUAUGAGCUGAAUCAACUGGCCAGCCAAUGCAGCCUCUCUGUGAGGCAAGUUGAGCGCUGGUUUCGACGCCGGAGAAACCAAGAGCGACCAUUAAUAAGCAAGAAAUUCUCUGAAGCCUGUUGGAGAUUUUUAUUUUACUCCUGUUCUUUCUUUGGAGGUUUUCUCAUCUUCUGCAAUGAAACCUGGUUUAGCCAGCCAGAGACAGUCUGGAAUGGAUACCCUAAGCAGCCUCUGAAAACUACACUAUACUGGUGGUUCCUCUUGGAGCUCAGCUUCUACCUCUCUUUGCUGCUCACUCUGACCCUUGAUGUGAAGAGGAAGGACUUUAUGGGACAGGUCAUCCACCAUUUUGCUACUAUCACUUUGAUCUCCUUUGCCUAUUGUGCCAACUUCGUGAAUGUGGGUGCCCUGGUGCUGCUGCUACAUGAUGUAUCAGAUGUCUUCCUGGAGGUCUAUAAGAUGCUAAGUUAUGCACAGUGGAAGCAAGCUCGGGAAGCCAUAUUCAUCCUCUUUACCUUGGUGUUCUUGGUUACCAGACUCAUUCUCUUCCCAAUCAAAGUCCUCUACACAACCUACUAUGUUGCCCAUCAAAGAAAGAGCUACUUCUUUGGAUACUAUUUUUCCAUUACUCUCCUGAUGGUUCUGCAGGGUCUCAAUAUUUUUUGGUCUUCCCUCAUCCUCAAAAUGGUCCGCAAGUUUUUAGCAGAAGGCCAGGUGACAAAUGAUGUGAGGAGUGACUUAGAAGAAGAGGACAUGAGUGAUGAGCAAUUGACAGUGAAAUUAAUCCAAUGAUAUCACAAAGCAUCUGAGCCUGGAAAGAGGAGCAUUCAAGGGAUGCCAGCUUGCCCCUGAGCCUGUUCCAGUGGCAUAACCUAGUCUAGCUUAAUAGGAAUCCCUGGAUGACUGCUCUCCUGACUUCCUGAUAACCUAAUCAUCCUUGCAAAUGUCCCAGCUUCUGAUUGAAUAUGGAUUCUACAGAACAAGACCUGUGUUGAAUGGAGCCCUUCACUUCUAUCUCCAUGUCUAUCUGUCUCCACCUUUACUGGAUCUCAUGGAGAAUAUGGAUUUUAUGAUGAAUUUUUUUAUCUUCUUUUGAAUAGUCUUUCCCUCUGAACCAUUAUCCUUGGACUUGGAUAAUCCUUCCCCAUCAGGAAAAAAGUGAGAUUCUUUCUCCCUGUUUUCACAGCCUUGGCCAGAUUGGGGAUUGCAGAGAUGAAGACAGAGAAGAAAAGAACAGAAAUCUUUUUCCUAGUUUAUAGAUAAGUGUAACAUUAUAAAAUCUUUUCAGGGAAAUGCCUAUUAACAAUCUUAGACUACAUUCUAUGAAGUUAUGACAUUUAUCAAAUGGAAACCAUAGAAAUAAAUUUGCAGUAUGAAAUUACUUUAUUAUAGCAUGCCUUCUUUGUUCCUACAAUCUUUUAGUCAUGAUCUAUUCCUCUUCUAGCAUGUUUGUAAUUCAGAGAAAAACCACAAGACCAUAAUAACUGAGAUUCCCCAACAAAUUUGUUACACUCAUGGUUUUUCUCAAACUCUGUUCAGUAGCGUGUGAAUGGGAAAAAAAAGGAAAUGAAUGUUGGAAAUAAUCCAAAGUUAGGGAAUGACAAAGUCUGAUAGCUAACAGGACAAGGAAGCAGAAAUUCAAAUGGAGAGGACACUGUUGAGUUGGGCUGAUUUACCAAGGGGUCAAAAUAGGAAAAAAAAGAGAAUGUAUUCUUAUCAGUGCACCAAUCUUCCCUGCUUCCAUCCCCACUUUUCCCUUUAUUCUACCUCAUACAUGUAUUGUCUUCAAUCCUCUGACACCUCUGACACCCUCUCUCAUAAUCUCUAUGGGCUAGGAAUAUAGAAUAAUAAUAUUCUAUAAGACAUCCAUAUGCCAUAAUUUAUACAACCAUUUCCCCACAGAUGGUCACCCACUUUAUUCUUGUUCUUUGGUACCAUAACAACAAAUUUAAAUAUCUUCAUUCAUCCAAGUCUUUGUCCACUUUGGGGUUGUAUCCAGUAGUACCAUAGCAUAUAGAGCAUGCACAUUUUCCAAGUUGCUUUGUGGAAUGGCAAAAUUUUCCAGAUUAUAAAUACAGACCAUUUUCCCCAACUCUAAUUCUGUUUCCCUCUGUCCUCAAAGGGAUAUGAUUAGCCAAUCUGAACUUUUCUUCCUAUCUUUCAAAAGGCUACCUUCCUCUUUCUUACACACACACAUCUCUACUCAUUCUUGCCAAAGUGAAAAGAAAACCUCCUUUUAAGUCAAGGGUUUAAUUCCAAGCUUUGCUAUUUCUUACCCAAUUAAAUCUAAUAAAAUCUAUAUACUAUCAAGCUUGCAUGAACCCCUCUUUUUUCAGUAUCUCAGUAUUCUCUUAGAGGGUCUACCUCCCUACAAUUAGUAUGUUAUGGUAGAACAGCCCUCUUUGAUGUCUCCUGACCAUUGAAAUAGCUGGUAGAAUAGCCUGCC